UCCUUCCUCAUUCAUCAUUCUCAUAAGUAGAGUGCAUCAUUCAAGCCAAGCAAGCACUGGUCAAUACAAAUCCAUCAUGAAGACAUUUCUCAUCAUUUCCCUCCUUGCUAUCGUGGCGACCACCGCCACAACUGCAGUUAGAGUUCCAGUGCCACAAUUGCAGCCGCAAAAUCCAUCUCUGCAACAACCACAAGAGCAAGUUCCAUUGGUGCAACAACAACAAUUUCCAGGGCAGCAACAAACAUUUCCACCACAACAACCAUAUCCGCAGCCGCAACCAUUUCCAGGACAACAACCAUAUCCGCAGCCGCAACUAUUUCCACAGCCGCAACCUUUUCCGCCACAACUUCCAUAUCCGCAGCCGCAACCAUUUCCCCCACAACAACCAUAUCCACAACCGCAAACACAUCAUCUGCAACCACAACAACCAAUUUCGCAGCAACAAGUACAACAACAACAACAACAACAACAACAACAACAACAACAACAACAACAACAACAACAACAACAACAACAACUACUACUACAACAACAAAUCCUUCAACAAAUUCUGCAACAACAACAACUGAUUCCAUGCAGGGAUGUCAUCGUCUUGCAACAACACAACAUAGCGCAUGAAAGCUCACAAGUAUUGCAGCAAAGUAGUUACCAAGUGUUGCAACAAUUAUGUUGUCAGCAGCUGCGGCUGAUCCCCGAGCAGUCGCGGUGCCAAGCCAUCCACAAUGUCGUUCAUGCUAUUAUUCUACAUCAACAACAACAACAACAACAACAACAACAACAACAAGGACAACAUCAACCGUCGAGCCAGGUCUCCUACCAGCAGCCUCAGCAACAAUAUCCAUCAGGCCAGGGCUCCUUCCAGCCAUCUCAGCAAAAUCCACAGGCCCAGGGCUUUGUCCAACCUCAACAUCUGCCCCAACUCGAGGAAAUAAGUAACCUAGCGCUGCAGACGCUACCAGCAAUGUGCAAUGUCUACAUCCCUCCAUAUUGCUCGACCACCAUUGCGCCAUUUGGCAUCUUCGGUACUAACUGAGAAGAGAAGAACUCUAGUACUAGAUAUAUGAAACACCGUGUUCUUAGUCCAUGGUUUGGUCGUUGUACCGUUGAAAAUAUAAGGUGACAUGCACUAUCAUGUAAGAACCCGAACUAUACUAGUUCAAACAUGGGAAUAAAAGACAAACACAUGUCUUGUCUGCA